AUGAAAGCAGCUUGGACUGGCCGCGUGGAGAUCCCCGGACAUCUGCUUUUAGAAGCUGCUGUAUCUCACGUAAUAACUGGCGGCUACACAGCCCUCACGAUAGCAGCUUGGAAUGGCCACGUGGAGAUCGCACGGCUGCUUUUGGAAGCUGGUGCUGACAAGGACCUGCGUACUUCCAAGGGCGAAACCGCCCUCAUUCUCGCAGAGCGGGGGGGCCACAGUCAGGUUGCUACGUUGUUGGGGGCAAAGGCUUGUCACAUCAGGAUAUUGUGUCGCAGAGUAGCUUUCAUCUUGAGCGUCGCAACAUCUUGCUUUCUGGCGUUCAGGCUGCAUCAGCGUUUGCCGCUGGGAUCUUGGAAAUGCAGGAUGGAAAGGCCGCUGGCCCUGCUAGCCUUCCUGUUGAGCUCUACCAAGAGGAUGCUUUUUUUUGAUUCUCCGCCCUAG